GGACUGUUCCGUGUAUUUGCGCACGCGCGUUGCGUUAUUGGAGCGGCACGCGCACACACAGAGGCAUCAUGGCGGACGUACUGGACCUUCAUGAAGCGGGAGGAGAGGACUUUCCUAUGGAUGAGGAUGGUGAUGAAAGCAUCCAUAAGUUGAAAGAGAAGGCUAAGAAGAGAAAAGGACGUGGCUUUGGUUCAGAGGAAGGAGCCAGGUCCAGAAUCAAAGAGGAUUAUGAUACUGUGGAGCAAGACGGAGAUGAACCAGGUCCUCAGAGGUCUGUGGAGGGCUGGAUCCUGUUUGUGACUGGUGUGCAUGAAGAAGCCACUGAGGAGGAUAUUCACGAUAAGUUCUCAGAGUUCGGAGAAAUCAAGAAUUUGCAUCUUAAUCUUGACCGCAGAACAGGCUACCUCAAGGUGGGAAAACUAUCAUUUGCAGGGGUAUGCAUGGUGGAGUAUGAGACGUACAACGCCCAGGCCGCCAUGGAGGGGCUGAACGGCCAGGACCUGAUGGGACAGCCAAUCAGUGUGGACUGGGGGUUUGUCCGAGGGCCCCCCAAGAACAAGAGGAGGACUGGCGGUCGGAGACGCAGCAGAAGUCCAGACAGAAGACGGCGUUGAAUGAGUGGUGCUCCACUUCGACAGGCAGUUUGUGAUCCACUCAGAAGUGUUUUAGUUUUUUUGUACAUUAUUUUGGAGCACCCUGCAGGGUCUGGGAGUUACGGUGAAGAUCUGCAGGAGGAUAAAUACAACAUCAAGAGGCAGCGUUUGCAGUUUUUGGUGAACUUGUAAUGCUGCUUUACACAUAAAACUACUUCAGCCCAUUCUGUCCUGUGAGUGACAUGUGACUUCUUCAUUCAUCCAGCUUGUAGGUAGUACAUGUAUGACUGUUGUUGUUUGACAUUUAGUUUUGCCUAUUGUUAUGCAUUUUAUUGUACUGAAGUGGUUUGUUUUCUAUUUCUUGGGAAAGAUUAAACUUUUUAAAGGUAAA